AUGGACAAAUUUGUUGAUCAAAUGGAGAUUUUGGCAAAAAACCUUUAUGAUGAAGAAGAAUCAAAACGCUGCGCGUAUGCAUUGCAGCUGGUUACUUCUUCGGCGCUACCCUUCUUGUUGAAUACAGCAAUGGAACUCAAUGUAUUCGAAAUUCUUGCUAAAGCUGAGCCUUCUUCACAAAUGUCGCCUCGUCAGAUUGCGUCCCAUAUGCCCACUAUUAACGCCGAUGCACCCGCUAUGCUUGAUCGGAUGCUUCGGCUCCUCGUUAGCUACUCAGUGCUAACUUGCUCCGUCAGUGAUGGCCAACGACAUUAUGGGUUGGCACCAGUGGCCAAAUACUUUGUGCAGAAUGAAGAUGGGGUUUCACUUUGCCCUCUUAUGUCCUCGCUUCAGGAUAAGGUCUUCAUUGACAGCUGGUUCAAAUUAAAGGACGCGGUACUUGAAGGAGGAGUUCCGUUCGACAAAGUUCAUGGAACUCGUGCAUUUGAAUAUUUUGGAAAGGACCCUAGGUUCAAUGAAGUUUUCAAUAAGGCAAUGACAAACCAUACAGCUGUUGUUAUGAAACAAAUUCUUGAGCACUACAAAGGUUUCGAGAACCUCAAAACUUUGGUCGAUGUAGGUGGGGGUCUUGGCCUCACCCUCAACAUGAUCACGUCCAUAUAUCCUACCAUCAGUGGUAUUAAUUUUGAUUUGCCACAUGUUAUUAAAGAGGCACCGUCCUAUCCUGGUGUCAAACAUAUUGGAGGAGACAUGUUUGAGAGUGUUCCUGGAGGAGAUGCCAUUUUCAUGAAAUGGAUACUUCAUGAUUGGAGUGAUGACCACUGUUUGAAAUUGCUUAAGAACUGCUACAAGGCUCUACCUGAAGAUGGAAAGGUAAUUGUUGUUGAGGAAAUUCUUCCAGUUGAACCCGACACUAGUACCUCCGUGAUUGCCACGAGCCAAUCCGAUCUAGUCCUGAUGACCCAAUUUUCGGGGGGCAAAGAGCGAUCAGAAGUUGAGUUUCUUGUGUUGGCAAAGGGAGCUGGCUUUAGAGGCAUAAGUUCAAACUGUUCCGUGUGCAACUAUUGGGUCAUGGAAUUCCAUAAGUAA